AUGGGAUGGAAGAAACUCGUAGAAACACCGGAUAGGGUUGGAAGACAAGCUAUUCUGAAUGUGCAUGUUUACAAGAAAGAGAUCCCUUUGGGAGAGAAUGUUGACCCUGCUAAAAUUGCUUCCAUGACCACCGUUUCACCGGACCUUGCUAAUUUAGUAAAUGAAGCGGCUUUGUUGGCAGGGAGACAAAGUAAACUAGUGGUGGAGAAAAUGGACUUUAUCCAAGAAGUGGAGCGUUCCAUUGAUGGGAUUGAAAAGAAAACAGCCAAGUUACAAGGCACUGAGAAAGCAGUAGUGGCUCGACAUGAAGUUGGUCAUGCAGUAGUUGGCACAUCUGUUUUUAAGCUUCUUGCAGGACAACCACGGGUUAAGGUAAAGAUUUUUACCAUGGAAUGGUAUCGCGAAUUCUGA